CAAUUUAAUUGUACCACUUUUGCGACAAUCACUCCUUUUUGCCCAAACGUUGGUCUUAUUGUAGUCCUGUGUAAACAUUUCGUCUGUAUCACACUCUCGUUUAGAAGCCACUGUACAUGAUCAGCGUUUGUUUUUUUCUUUUUAGAUAAUAUCGUGCUCGAAAAUGGCACGCAAUAUCCGUCAGCAGGCGUUACAGAAGAUUGCUGUACUCUCGGCCACGAGUUCCACCACCUCUUUUGACAAAUCCGACCUCGAUCGAUUAUGUAGAGCUACAAACAUCCGUGGGAGGGGAAAAGAAGGUGCCAAUGGCUCAGCUAAGGGUUACCCGUCCUCGUUGGCUCGUGUUCCCAUGACUAUACGUGAAUUUGAAGUACUCGUUUCCCUCUGCAAAGCCGCACCGAUGGUCCAGAGCAGCCAAAGUGCUCAGAAGCUAGCUAGCCAAUUGAUACCUUAUAUCCUCGAGGCACACGCUCAGACUUUUCUCCCCUCGCCCGCUUUCAGCAAGAUCGAACCGUCCCCUAUCGAAGCCUUAGCCUCACACGUCACCGCCGCCCUACUCUCACUAGGGAACAACUACGAUGACUUACAUGAGACCGUGUCUGAUAAUAUCUGGGCCCUCCUGGCUGCAAUGUCUACGACUGUACAGGGCACAGUUCCACUUAGACUAAACGGAGAUGCUCAACCAAAUUUAGAUGAUGCCAUCCAUAUUGCGACUGUAGCUAUUUCUUUGCUGGGGUUUCUUGAUGCUGCUUCUGCUCAAGCUAAUUUCUGGAGGAGUGGUGGAAGAUUGGCGCUCAUUAGGAAGAUUAGCAACUUGCUCUCCGAAUCCUUCUUAACUGCCGUUGAUGCUGCAUUUUCUACUAUUCGGAAUGCCCAUAUAUCGGACCGUAACGCUAAGGACUGGAAGAGAAUACUCCGGCAUUACGCCAAUCAGGGACGACCUUUAGGUUCUAUGCUACUUCAGAGGAGCUUCAUGUGGCUCUUAGUCUCUGCUACUUCGCUACUAAUCGCGGAUGUCAAGACUCUCAGAACCACCCAUAUCCUUGAUUUAUUCAUGUCUAAGGAUGGCAUGUCGAAGCUAGGCUCUGCAAAUGGUCCGGAUCCCGAUUUUCAGUCAAUUGAGCUAUAUGCAAACAUUGCGCAGCAGGAAAUGGACCGCCUUGAAGACAGUGCUGACUUCAUUGAGCUCGGUUCGUCUGCUCAGCAGAGAUUAGCUUGCGCCGUCAAAGCUGCCGUAAUCAUUAGUUAUUUAAACUGCUCUAUACUAUAUGAAGAUGCGGCGGACUCUGAGCUUCUUAUGGGCUGGUUACAGGAAUCUUUGGACAAUCCAAUGCAAAUGGCGGACGAGAUGUUAGCAUCAACGGUGUUUCGUUCGAUGGCUAUACUUUCCAAAAUCUCGCCGAACUUUGCUCCUACUGUGGUUCGAUUACUGCCGCGUUUCAUCGUGCGGACCACGUCCUCUAGCAGCAUCGUUGCUACUGCGUCAAAAUGUUUGGCGUUCACUUUACGUCUGCUGUCCCAAGAUGCGGUUAUUACUACGCUAUACACCCUUGGAAACGUGCUAAGCCCAGAUGCGGAUCACAAUGUUCCGAAUGGAACUGCUAGCGAGCUCGGUGGGUUGUCAAGCGUGUACCAAGGCGGACAAUCUACGGGCAGUGAUAUAUCGCUCCAAAUUCAUGGGGACGAAGACACUGCAUUAGUAUACGCGAAUAUAGUCCAAGCGAUAUGCGGCAUUGCAGAAGUGUGUGACGAUGAGAAGAUCACAGCUCUCGCACAGGCGAUGCUCUUGCAAAAGUUAACAAAGGUCAACCAGUCGGUCGACUGUCACAUUGUUACCGCAGCAAGUGUUUUGUCUCUAAAUGGAGGACAGCUGGAGUUCAGAUCUCUUCUUAGAUUAUAUUCCAAGCUCUGCCAUAAUGCGUCUGCUGAAGAUAACGCUAUUAUCCUUGAUGCCGUUAAGAAGGCUCGUAAUCACAUAUCGGAAAAUGUGAAGCAUGAUUCUCCGCUAUAUGACAUCUACUGGGACCACAUACUAGAGGAAUUGAUCUCUAAGGGGGAUAUACACCAGUCCCAGCAUAUGAAGGAAUCUGAUGUCGAGUUUGCAGCCCGCGAAAUUGCUCAACUCCUCCAACCUCUUGCAAUACUAAUGUCGAGGCAUGAAUUUGCUACCGAACUUUCUGGCCAAGAUGAUGAUAGACAUUCUCUGAUUCGAGACGUCUGGUUUAAUAUCGUGGUACACGGUUUUACCUCUCUAACAGAGAGGGGCAGGGAGUAUAUUAACGAACUGCGUAUCAUGGCCAUCCACUCACCACCCCUAGUGGCCGAACAACGGGGGGAACAGGUUGAGAGUGACAUUGAGCUCAACACUGUCCUUCGUCGAGCCAACACUUCAGAUCGGGAGGCAAAACAAAAGAGGCAGCUUACGGAACUUGUGCCCUCGAGAAUCGCACAGAUAAAGAGCCUAAGCUACAGGAAAGUCAUGUUCUUGCAUGCCGCGUAUUUGGUUGAAAGUUUGAGGGCUGAUUCCGGCGAUUGUACUAAGACCCUUUCAUACUUCUUGGAACCUAGCAUGCGCAAUGAAGAUGUACGCUGUGUUAUGGAAGGCAUCACGGCCGUCGUGAUGGAGAAAUAUUUGUUGAAGACUCUAGAAGCAAAGCUGCCGACUUUUUCGGCUCUCUAUGCCGCCUCUCAACUCGCGGCAAUUUUCUGCGGGUGUUGUCAUCGGAUUCAACGUGUUCAGCAAGCUGCGUUCUAUUGUGCUGACAAGUUCGUUCAUGAGAUUCCAUCAUCUCUCUGUCAAAAAUCGUCGCUGUUUGCUCUCCUUGAGCUGUUAUCUCUUAUGUGGAUAAGUUGCCUUGAAGCCGAGACAGAGAUGUAUGAUCCACGAUCGGUAUUUACAUCUCGUUUAGGGAACGUUACUGUCGAACUUUCUGAUGACUAUACUUUCAGAAAGGCUACGCUUAAUAACCUUUACAUGAGAGCUAAAUCAUGGGUCUCGAUGGCAGUCAAUCUAGCUCCUGCCGAUGUGAAGGGCUUGCUUCAGACCUACUUGUCUGAGUUUGAAGAUGAGGGAGCGUAUGGGCAUAUGUCGCUUGGCCGGUCAUUUGCCGUGGAAAUGGGCUCCUCAAUCCCAGCAACGGAUCAGAGAUUAACUUCUCUGGAUCCUGUUGGUCAGACCGCAAUCAACACGGCAUCUCAUUUUGUUGCCCAAUACACAACUCGCCAAGAAUAUAGGUAUGGCGAAGCACUACCCAACCAUGGCAAGGAUUUAAUAAGUGCCAUGCCCAUCACGCGACGAGAUUCGUUCAUCAGAUCUGCCCCAUCCGAUCAUGCUGAUGCUAUUACGGCGUUGGCUCACGUGGGAUCCCGUCUUAGCGGCAAGAAGGCCACACCUCUCCGCGACGUGAGAGAUAUCCUCCGGCGAGCGGCAGCUCUACUCUGCCGCAGUGGGAGGGAUGAGAGUGCUAUUACACAUUACCUUGUUAGCAUUCCCUUCAAGAUAUUUACCAAAGAGUCCAUAAAUUUUGGCGUAUCUCUUUGGCUGGGCGUCAUAAACGAGAAUCCCAGGAUGGAGUCUCGAAUACUUGCGGAGAUCGCGCAGCAAUGGGAAAUCGCCAUUCACAAUAAACUUGGGCUGUUCAACCCUACUCUGAUGCACCCGGAUCCGUUUUUCCUUAAGGAGGAAUUCGCUCCAAGUGAUAACGAAGGGCUUGCAAGGCGCCGACAGCAGGUACAUAGUAUGCUUGCGCCACAUACUCGCCUGAUACAAUUCUUUAGCAGUCACUUCAAUGCUACCCGAUUGGGUAGCCCAGAUAUGCAUAGAAUCUUUAUCCGUAUGCUUGACUCGACACUCGAUGCUCUGAAGAACGGUGUCUCUCACCCAAUGGCUAGAGAGAUUCGCCUAAGAAUUAUUCUCUUUAGUUUAAGAGUGCUAAGGGUGAGCACCGCUGUCCGCCCAUUGGUUCAGUGGCGACUCAAAGACAAAAUUCUAUCUGCAGGAUUGAGUUGGUUUAAGUUCGCACCAAAAUGGUCCUUUGGCAGCAAUAUCCUUCAGUUGAAGACUGAAGUUCGCUUGAUAACUGAUGUCUUGAGUGCUCUCAAGACGGUCUCCUACGUCGGGGCCCAGGCCGUUGGCAACUUUAAGGCCCUAACCCAAAAAGAGACAUUAUUUCAAGUUCUACUUGAGAGUGAACAGACUAGAUUAAAUGUUUGGGUUCACCCACUUGGCGAAAACCAUCACCGGCCACAUCUAACGCACCGUACCGGGACGGCACUCGAAUCUACACUCAAACCACUUGUUCGCAUAGCAUGGGCCGAACAUCCUUCUCUAGCAAUAGAGCUAGUCAACCGAUUUUCGAUCCCAGCCGUUCACAAUGAGGUUCGCUGGCUGUUGUUAAAUUUCCCUGCUAAGGCCAUCUUAGAGCCCGAGGCUCUCCCCAUAUUAUUGGGAGGCGAACUGCCAUCUGAUGUCGGAUUCCAGCUUAAGUACUUACUCUUCUGGGCUCCUGUAAACCCCGUCACAGCUGUUACCUACUUCUUGCCAUCCUAUCGAAACCAUCCGUUCCUAAUCCAGUAUGCCAUGAGAGCGCUGGAACACCACUCAGUCGAUGUAACAUUUUUCUAUGUACCCCAAAUUGUACAAGGUCUUCGAUUUGAUGCUCUUGGUUACGUGGAACGUUACAUUAUUGAAACAGCGCAGUUCUCUCAAUUGUUUGCCCAUCAGAUCAUCUGGAAUAUGAAGGCAAACUCUUAUAAAGACGACGACGCUAUGAUCCCCGAUGCCAUAAAGCCUGCUCUCGACAAGGUGAUGGAAAAGAUGAUCAACAGCUUUUCUGACGAGGACCGCAAUUUUUACGAGAGAGAGUUUACGUUCUUCGACGAGGUCACCAGCAUAUCUGGCAAGCUUAAGCCCCUAAUUAAACGUGACAAGCCGGAGAAGAAGCAAAAGAUCGAAGAAGAACUUCGAAAGAUUAAAGUCGAUGUUGGUGUUUACUUGCCCAGUAACCCUGAUGGCGUUGUUAUCGGCAUUGACCGUAAAUCUGGAAAACCGCUUCAAUCACACGCGAAGGCGCCAUUUAUGGCUACAUUCCGUAUCCAAAAAGCGAAAGGUGGCGUGGAAGAAACAGAAGAAGUAUCCCAAGAGAUGAGCAAGACGGGCCAACCGCCGGCUGAAACUACAAUCGAGGUCUGGCAAAGUGCUAUCUUCAAGGUUGGUGAUGACUGUCGACAAGAUGUGUUGGCCUUACAGAUGAUUGCGGCGUUCCGCGGUAUCUUCCAUAGCGUCGGACUCGAUGUUUACGUGUUCCCUUAUCGUGUGACUGCCACUGCUCCAGGCUGCGGUGUUAUCGACGUCUUGCCAAACUCGAUUUCCCGAGAUAUGCUGGGCCGAGAAGCUGUUAACGGGCUGUACGAUUACUUCAUCAGCAAAUACGGCAACGAAGAUUCGCUCCGCUUCCAGCAUGCGCGUAAUAAUUUCGUGAAAAGCAUGGCCGCUUACAGCAUCAUAUCUUUCCUCCUGCAGUUCAAGGACCGGCACAAUGGUAACAUCAUGAUCGACGACGCUGGUCAUAUCUUACACAUAGACUUCGGGUUUUGUUUUGAUAUCGCUCCUGGCGGUGUGCGGUUCGAGCGUGCGCCCUUCAAGCUCACGGGUGAAAUGCUGGCUGUGAUGGGAGGCAGUACAGAUCACCAGUCCUUCAAGUGGUUCGAGGAGCUGUGCGUGAAAUCUUUCUUGGCGUGUCGUCCACAUGCAGAGAAGCUGAGCCAGAUUGUCUUACUCAUGAUGGAUAGCGGGCUGCCAUGCUUCAAGCCGGAGAGUGUCAAAUUCUUCAAAGAGCGGUUCGUACUGGAGCGUACUGAGCGCGAGGCGGCCGACUUCGUGAGGGACCUGGUCAGGAGAAGUGCAGGCAGUUACAGUACCAUGGUGUACGACCAGUUCCAGCUCAUGACCAAUGGUAUUCCAUACUAGUAUAAUAGAUAUAGAUAGAUAUCCCGAGGGAGUUGGCGAUCUGCGGAGGCGGCGAGCUCGUUUGUUCAGUUCUAACCGGCAAUUAUUGAUAAUUACGAUAUUAUCCACUUGAACUUAUUAUAAUACUAAUAGAACAAUCCUACUAAAAAAGAAUAUUCUAGAGCGCUUAGAUAUGUUCGCCGGCUGAUCUAUGGUGCGUUGAAUGGCUUGUCGUGUUCACCGGUUCACAACUUAUAUAUAAUUACCUAUGUAACUUACUGAGUAUUUAUUAAGAAUCGUAGCUAUAAAUAUCCAAUUAUGAUACACA